UUUACAUAAUUAUUUUCUCUCGAACACCUUAUAUAUUACCUAGGUAGAUCAUGAUAAAUUUAAAAUUAUAAAUUUUUUGUUUUUUUUGGACAGUAUGAUGAAUCAAAUAAUUUUUAAAAUAAAAAAAUAUUAUAUAAGGUAUGUGGCCAGGUUUAGAACAAUGUAGUGGAACAAGUGACAAUCCACCAGAUGAAAAUAAUUUAUAUAUUGAUAGUAGACAUCAUAGUACAUCAAAUCAAUAUCAUCAAAGUCAAAUAACUUCAUCACAUAUAAGAAUUGAAGAAUUAAAUUAUAAUGAAAUUUCAACAAUUGCUGGUAGUUUAGGUAGCAUUGGAACCAUAUCACAGGGGGAGGCAAUAUAUGAUACGGAUCAUACAGACCUAAAUUCUGAUUUUGAUGAAUCUGAAUUACGAAGAGAAUUACUUAAAGAUAAAUGGAGAAUAUUAUUUGAUAAAUUUGAUCCAGAAGGAUUUGGAGAAAUUCCAGUUGACACAUUUAUAGCCGCUCUUAAAUCCCCAGAAUUCCUUUCACAAGUGCCUAUUAAUAAACGUGAACUUUUACAUGAACGUGCAAUGAAAUCAAAAUUACCAAAAGGAUCUGGAUAUGUAUCUUUUCAAGAAUUUGUAAAUGUUAUGAGCGGUAAACGUACACGUAGCUUUAAGUGUGCUGUACAUCAUCGUGAUCGAGAAAUAUCAUCUGAAAACGAUUUCCAUUUAAUUUUAGAAGAACCACCAUUUUUCAAAAAGAUGGUUAAAACAAUAGCUUUUGAAAUAUUACCAGACGAACGUGAUCGUAGAUAUUAUGCUGAUAAAUAUUCAUGUUGUCCACCACCAAUAUUUAUUAUAUUAAUAACAUUAAUUGAAUUGGGAUUUUUUAUAUAUCACACAUUAACAUCUGAAUAUACCACAGAUCCAAUUGGUCCAAUACCAAUUGAUUCAAUAUUUAUAUAUCGUCCAGAUAAACGUCAUGAAGUAUGGAGAUUUAUAUUUUACAUGGUUGUUCAUGCCGGAUGGUUUCAUUUAGGAUUUAAUCUGGGUAUACAAUUAUUAUUCGGACUACCUUUAGAAAUGGUACAUGGAAGCGGCAGAAUAGCUUGUAUAUAUCUUUCUGGUGUAUUAGCUGGGUCUCUAGGUACAAGUAUAUUUGAUCCAGAUGUGUGUUUAGUAGGAGCUAGUGGUGGAGUAUAUGCACUCUUAGCUGCACAUUUAGCAAAUGUUAUGUUAAACUACAAUAGUAUGAGAUACGGAAUAUUUCGAUUAGCGGUCAUAUUCAUAAUUGCUUCUUGUGAUGUAGGAUUUGCAAUUUAUGCACGUUAUGCAGCUGAAGCAUCUCUUGGGCCAUCAGUAUCAUAUGUUGCGCAUUUAAUGGGUGCAUUAGCUGGACUAACAAUUGGUUUAUUAGUUUUGAAAAAUUUUGAGCAGAGAUUACAUGAUCAAUCACUAUGUUGGAUAACCUUAGGCGUUUAUAUUGGAUUUAUAAUUUUUGUUUUGUUUUUUAAUACCAUUAAAAAUACUGAAAACAUACAAAGUUUAGAAGAUAAAAGAAAAUUUGAAUUUGGUGAACGUUUAUCUGAUGAUCUUGGAAUAUAA